UCAACUCUACCAGAGCAAGCGGGCAGACACCAGAAACACCGGACGAAGUCAUUUCCAACGCCUUACCUCCAGCCGAUCAUCUAGUAAUUAAGCCUCCGCAGACAGUCCUCACUAUAUCUCACCCAACCUAUAGCUCCUGAACUCAAACCAACGACUUGAGCAACCUCGACCUGGCAAACUUCCCGAAAGCGCGCCACAUAGCUUAGCAAACCGCAACGAUGGCCGAAGUCGUAUUCGCAAGACAGUUCCUGGCGACUUUGGAGUCGCGCCCGGCGAAGCUGUCCGCCGAUCAUGUCGAGGAUCCCAAGAAUUUCCCGGCCCGCCCUCCUUACAUCCUGCCGAAGAUGCCCAAGGCCAUGAGCAAGCCCUCGAACCUUGCGCCGGGCCAGGAACGCAGUGUCAACGUCACCCUCAAGUCCCUGCGCAACCCUCCCUUGGAUAUCAAGCUGUCCUCCCAGCCGCUCAACACCUCCAUCCUCGACAUUAAGACGGCCGUCGAGGCGGAGUCACGGAUACCUGUGGACAAGAUGAAGCUGCUGUUCAACAAGAAGCCGGUGCCAGACAGCAAGGUGUUGAAGGACUUGCUUACGGACAACCAGGCAUCUCUCGAGUUCUCCGUCAUGGUUAUUGGAGGAGCUGCUGCAGUCAAGCCUGAGCCUAGCGCUGCGGUCGCGCCCAACACUACUGAGGAGGACAUUGGAGAGGCGGCAUUGGACACGGACGAAUUCUGGAGUGAUCUCAAGGGCUUCUUGUUGCAGAGGCUCAAGCACGAGAAAAAGGCGGAGGAGCUAUCAGGGCUGUGGCGCUCAACCUGGCAAGCGCAGAAGAAGUCAUAACAAAGAAAAUCACGAUGGACGAGACUUGAGCAUAGGUAAUGG